UCAAAAUCAAAAUUGAAAAUACCAACUAGAAGAUAAGGCUACACCAAAUAAAAAGAAAAUCCAAAAUUUCACUGAAAAAUCAACCAGAGGAUCAGCAAAAAAAAGUAAAAAAAUACGAAAUCAUUUUAUACCUCAGGCACGCAACAUACACACAAACACACAACAAACUAAGAUUUUAAGGGGGCAACUGUACAUUAAACUUAAGUGUUCAAAAAAGAUUACUUUGUAUAUAGAAAAGUAGCUAAAAGCACAAGAAGACGUAAAUCUCGAGGAGUCACAGCAGUCAGUCAGCCAGUCAAUAGUCACUAGCAUACUAAGAACCACACAUACACACACACACACCCACACUCACUUACCCACACAGACGCAAAAUCACCAUCUUCAAAAUGACGAUGAGUACAAAUAACUGUGAGAGCAUGACGUCAUAUUUCACAAACUCAUAUAUGGGGGCCGAUAUGCACCAUGGCCAUUAUCCUGGCAAUGGCGUCACCGAUCUCGAUGCCCAACAAAUGCAUCACUACAGUCAGAAUCCAAAUCAUCAGGGCAAUAUGCCCUAUCCGCGCUUCCCGCCCUACGAUCGUAUGCCCUACUACAAUGGCCAGGGUAUGGAUCAACAACAGCAGCAACAUCAGGGUUAUUCUCGUCCCGAUAGUCCCUCCAGUCAGGUGGGUGGUGUAAUGCCGCAGACGCAAACAAAUGGUGGUCAAUUGGUCAACCAACAGCAACAGCAGCAAUCUCAGAACCAACAGCAGCAAUCCCAACAGGCACCACAGCAACUUCAGCAGCAGCAGCAGCAACAACAACAGCAGCAGCAACAUCCUCAAGUGACGCAACAGCAGCAAGUGCAAGUGCCCACACAUCCCCAGCAACAGCAACAACAACAGCAGCAGCAGCAACAACAACCUGUGGUCUAUGCCAGUUGCAAACUGCAAGCGGCUGUGGGCGGAGGCUUGGGCUUGGUGCCCGAGGGAGGGUCGCCACCCUUGGUUGAUCAGAUGGGUGGACAUCAUAUGAAUGCCCAAAUGACGUUGCCACAUCACUUGGGACAUCCGCAAUCACAGUUGGGUUACACAGAUGUUGGCGUUCCCGAUGUCACAGAGGUCCAUCAAAAUCAUCACAAUAUGGGAAUGUAUGGACAACAACAGACCGGAGUACCACCAGGCGUGGGUGCACCAGGGCCUCAAGGCAUGAUGCAUGCCGGCCAAGGACCACCGCAAAUGCAUCAAGGACAUCCAGGACAACACACACCGCCAUCCCAAAAUCCGAAUUCGCAAUCCUCAGGGAUGCCGUCCCCACUGUAUCCCUGGAUGCGAAGUCAGUUUGGUAAGUGUCAAGAACGUAAACGUGGCCGUCAGACCUAUACCCGUUACCAGACACUGGAACUGGAAAAGGAGUUCCAUUUCAAUCGGUAUCUAACCCGACGACGACGCAUCGAGAUUGCCCAUGCCCUGUGCCUGACCGAACGCCAAAUAAAAAUCUGGUUCCAGAAUCGACGCAUGAAAUGGAAGAAGGAGAACAAGACGAAGGGCGAACCCGGCUCCGGGGGCGAGGGCGAUGAGAUCACACCACCAAAUAGUCCACAGUAGUUUCAAUAGUUCCAUAACACUAAAAAUCCAUAGAUCAAAACAUCCAAAAAUGGCAAAAAAAAAUCUUCAAAAUCUAAAUACAAUUUAUGUUUUACAGCAAAACUAAUCCAAAUGAGAGGACUAUUCUAUAUAGUAUGUAUCUGUAUACAUAUAUAUAUAUAUAU